UAAUGAAGAAGGCUUGCACAUCUUGUUUGAGGAUAUUAGUGUUGAUGGUUGAAUGUUGAUGAAAUCACCGAUCUUGAUUUGGAGGAUGAUACCGAAGAGCAAGCAUCUCCGACAAUAGCUAGUGCAUCUAAAGUGAGGCUUGGGGUCAAGAUUCCGGAGAAGAACAAGAAACCAAAGACUGCACAAGUGAUGCAAGAGGAGAUAAAAAAGAUUAGUUCCAUUGCACAUGCUUCGCAUACAUCAUUUUAGUCUUUCCUACAGAAAGAUGAGACCACCUCUGUUGCAUCUACCAUGGAUUUAGUUCGUGCUUGUGGCGCAAUAGAUGGCACUGAUGAGCACUUCAUUGCUACUGAGCUCUUUCUGAAGAAAGAGCGAAGGGAAAUGUUCUUGCACAUGACAUCCGACUCUAGAAUGGGUUGGUUGCGUAGGAGGUUUGACCUCAAGUAUGGCAACUAGUUCGUUACAUCUUAUCUUGGGCGAUGGGAACAAUAUUUAUGCCUAUGUUGGUGAACCUAUUAUUAUGUUGUGCUAUGAGAACAAUAUUUAUGCCUUUGUUGGUGAACCUUUUAUUAUCUUGGAGCGAUGGGAACAAUAUUUAUGCCUAUGUUGGUGAACCUAUUAUUAUGUUGUGCUAUGAGAACAAUAUUUAUGCCUUUGUUGGUGAACCUUUUAUUAUGUUGUGCUAUGAGAACAAUAUUUAUGCCUUUGUUGGUGAACCUUUUAUUAUCUUGUGUUAUGAGAACAAUAUUUAUGCCUUUGUUGGUGAACCUUUUAUUAUGUUGUGCUAUGAGAACAAUAUUUAUGCCUAUGUUGGUGAACCUAUUACUAUCUUGUGCUAUUGGAAUAAUAUUUAAUGCCUAUGUUGGUGAACCUAUUAUUAUCUUGAUGCUAACUAUUGUUUGAUAUGGCAGAUGUCAUCGGAUAGUGAUAGUGAGGAUGGCAAUAGUUAUGAAACAAUGAGGAAUUUGGUUAUGCAUCAACAACAUAAUAUGGACAUGCUUUGUUCGGUUGCAGCAGUCAUAUUUGGAAAGUAUUGUGAAAGUUGGGUGAUGAAGGCGGAGCCUAGGAAAUCUAUUUUGAGUGGAUUUGGAUGGCUUCAAGAGACUAUUGCCACGCUGGGAGAGACCUACACAAUGUUGAGAAUGACGGCAAGUGUGUUCUUUGAUCUUCAUGACUUGUUGGUACGUAAUUAUGGUCUAAAAGAAACAAGCUUUGUUAGCAAUUAUGAGUCUCUUGCAAUGUUCUUGUGGACUUUGAGAGGUUGUGAAUCAAAUAGAAGAACUCAAAACCGCUUCAAACAUUCAGCGGAUACAAUCCAUCGUAAAUUUCAUGAGGUUCUACAAUGUGUGGUCAACAUGGCAUCUCACUACCUUAAGCCACAAGAUCCAAACUUCCACAUUGUGCAUGAUAAUAUUAGGAUAGAUAGAAGGGCUUAUCCUCAUCUUAAAGAUUGCAUUGGUGCAAUCGAUGGGACCCAUAUAAGAGCUUCUAUUCCCAAAGGGCCUUCGAAAGCGAGGUACAUUGGGAGAACGGGCACGACAACUCAAAAUGUGAUGGCGGUAUGUGACUUUGAUAUGCACUUCACUUAUGCUUCAAUUGUCCAACCUGGUUCUAUGCAUGAUACAAAUGUGUUAUAUCAUGCAAUUGAGAAGGACAAGCCCUCCUUCCCCCAUCCUCCAAAGGGCAAGUAUUACCUUGUAGAUGCCGGGUAUCCUAAUAGAGAUGGAUAUCUAUCACCGUACAAAGGAGAACGGUAUCAUGUCCCUGACUUUCAAAGAGGCGCACCUCCAAAUACUCCGGAGGAGAAGUUCAACAAGAUUCACUCCUCCAAACGUAAUUGCGUAGAGAGAACUUUUGGAGUGUGGAAGAUGAAAUGGCAAAUUCUCCUCAAGAUGCCAAACUACUCGUUUCAAACACAGAUGAAGAUUGUUGCGGCUACUAUGACAUUGCACAACUAUGUUUGUCUCCAUGACAAAGAUGAUAUCCACUUUGUUAGAUGUGAAAGGGAUCCGGAUUAUGUUCCAACAAUUCCGGAUAGAUAUAAGAAGUAUGUUAUUCCUUCGAGUGCAUCGGAUGCUUCAACUUCGGAGGCAAGUACCCCUGACAUGGAUAGGUUUAGGAAUGAACUAGGUACGGCCAUUGCUCUUGGUUGGUGAAUUUGUGCUCGUGGUGCUUGAGAAUCUGUCCCCAUUUUGAUUUGCAAACAUAUGCAAAACUUAUGAAGCUUUUGUUGUACGAGAUAUGUCAAAUCUUGUUGUUCUUCAUCU